CGAUCAAUCUCUAGUACACAAAAAUGGCGAUGUGGUUCAUCAUCCUCAUCUCCCUCUGCAUCUGCUAUGUUCUAAGCUCCAUUUUUAGCCAUUUCCGGAGCUCCACCAAGCUUCCACCAGGCCCUCCUUCAAUCCCCAUCAUCUCCACUUUCCUAUGGCUCCGCACAUCGCCUCUCCAAAUGGAAUCUUACCUCCGCACCGCCGUCGCCAAAUACGGCCCCAUCGUCACCCUCCGCAUUGGCUCUCGCAUCUCCAUCUUCAUAGCCGACCGCACCAUUGCCCACAACGCUCUCCUCCAACACGGCGCUCUCUUCGCCGACCGCCCUCCAGUUCCUCCUUUGGUCAAAAUCCUCUCCAGCAACCAGCACAGCAUCAACUCCGCCCCUUACGGCCCACUCUGGCGCCUCUUCCGCCGCAAUCUCACUUCCCAAAUCCUCCAUCCUUCCCGUGUCAGAUCCUACGCUCCUGCUCGCAAAUGGGUUUUGGAUAUUCUUCUUAAACGCCUUCUCCCGCACUCUGAAUCGGGAACUCCCGUCUGUGUUGUGCAUCAUUUUCAGUAUGCCAUGUUCUGUUUGUUGGUGCUAAUGUGCUUUGGGGAUAAACUCGACGAACCCAAAAUCAAAGAAGUCGAGAAUGUGCAGCGUACGAUGCUGCUAAAUCUUAGGCGUUUUGGUCUCCUUAAUUUAUCGCCUAAAUUGACAAAGAUUUUCCUUCCAAAACGCUGGGAGGAGUUUCUCCAACUAAGAAGGAACCAAGAGAGAGUCAUAAUCCCUCUAAUCGAAGCAAGGAGGAAGGACAAGCAAAACAGAGGAAACAGAGAAGAAAACAGAGAAGGUAAAGAAGAAGAAGAAGAAGAAGAAGAUGAAGAUUUCGUGUUGUCGUAUGUGGACACACUCCUCGAAUUACACCUCCCCGAAGAGGGCAAUAGAAAGGUAACAGACGGCGAAAUGGUCGGUCUAUGCUCGGAAUUCCUCACCGGCGGCACCGAUACCACCUCCACGACCAUGCAGUGGAUAAUGGCGAAUUUAGUGAAACACCCAGAAAUCCAACAUAAGCUCUUCGAAGAGAUCAAGGGAGUAAUGGGAGAUGGAACAGGGGAGGAGGUUCAGGAAGAGGAUUUGGGGAAACUUCCAUAUCUGAAAGCAGUGGUUUUAGAAGGAUUAAGAAGACACCCACCAGGGCUUUUCCUACAAGCACGAGGAGUGAAAGAGGAUAUAGAAUUCUUAAACUACGUUCUACCCAAGAACGCGUCUGUAAAUUUCAUGGCAGCGGAGAUGGGUCGGGGUGCAGACGUAUGGGAAGAUCCGAUGGCGUUUAAGCCUGAGAGGUUCAUGGGAGGAGGAGCGGCGGGGUUUGAUGUAACGGGUAGCAAAGAGAUAAAGAUGAUGCCGUUCGGAGCAGGGAGGAGGAUUUGCCCAGGAUAUGGCUUGGGGAUCCUUCAUUUGGAGUAUUUCUUAGCGAAUUUGGUAUGGAAAUUUGAAUGGAAGGGUGUGGAUGGGGACGAUGUUGAUCUGUCGGAGAAGGUAGAGUUCACCGUUGUGAUGAAAAACCCUCUGAAAGCCAACAUAAGUCCCAGGUUUUAAAUUUGGAUAUUGAGAUUCAACUCAUUAUCUACUAACUUGUAAGGCAUAUGUAUGUGAAGCAAUGACAUGAUGCAUAUGGCUUUAUUGCUUGCUAUGUUUAUCAACAUGGUUUCGUUUUGUAUCAA